AUCCCGUAGCUGGUCUUGAAGCAAACCAGCAGGCUAGCUAAUGAAAUCCACAGCUGCAAAGGAGAAGGAAGAAGAAGAGGGAGGGUCUGUGAGAGAGAGACCCACACGAAUCGGACUGGCAAAGGGAGGUUUAGAGGUGGUUAGGUAGCUACUUGAUACUAAUCAAAGGGACACCCGUACUAGUAUUGGAAUCAUCAAUUGGGUUUAUGACAAAAAACAAUAAAUCAGAUUCCGGUACUGUACCCUUCGGGAAAUCGUGGAAGCGUAAUUCAACGUGAACGGCGUUGACACCUCGCUGACAUCAUGGCUGAAUUUAGCAUCGAUCAGAACAAACUGCCUGGAGUAAAAGAAGUUGUUCGGGAUUUUGCUGUUCUGGAGGACCACUGCCUGGCCCAUAACCUCCAGGAACAGGAAAUCGAGAGCCACUUGGCUUCCAACGUCCACAAGAGCCGUCUGGUGCAGCAGGACGUAGCGUUGGCCAAGCAGCUGCAGGAAGAGGAGGACCGGAGGGCCAAGGCCAAGGCCCACAGACAGCACAGAGACAUUGAGCGCAGUGACAAUGAGAUCGCCCAGGAGAUUCAGGAGGAACUGGUCCGACAGGCCAAGCAGCAGCGGAUACAGGAGGAGAAGGAUGCGGCCAUCGCUCGUAAACUGCAGGAGAAAGAGAGGAAGGAGGAGAGGAAGCGACAGAAGCAGCUGGAGGCCAACUUUGAGGAGGAGUACUACGAGGAUAAUGCCAUCCUCCCUCCCCUCAACCCAGCCAGCCGAGCUUCUCUGGACCUGGAUGACAAACCCAGGUGGCCUGGUUCUAACUCUCUCUCUUCGGAGAGAGAUGCUGUGGAGACUAGAACCAACUCUCUUUCCAAAUACCCUGAGCACCAUUUAGAGGGUAGGGAGGGGAGAAGGGGCAGGCAUGGAGAUGCACACCCUGAGCACCACCGCUCCAGUAGCAGGGGCAAACAUGGAGACAGGUACCCCGACUACCACCACCCCACUGAGGGUAGAAGCAGAGGGAAGGGGGAACAGAGGAGCAGAGACCACCAGGGGUCCCAGUCAACCUUCUUUGCAGACAACCAUGAGCCCAGGAGACAGCGAGAGGAGGAGGGGGAUAGGGUGGUCAGGAAGAAGGAGAGGCCCGCCCGGCCGCCCCCACCAUCCCAUAUCCCUGUGAAGAGAGAUGAGGCUUCGGAUAGAGUGAGACACCGGGAGUGGGAGAGAGACGGGGAACGAGACAGACAGAGAGAACCCAGGAGAGGUGAGGAAAUUGAGAGAGACGCACCAAGACAGGAAAGACACGGGGAGCGACUGAGAGACCAAGAGCAUAGCCGAGACAAAGACAGACACCGAGAGAGAACCAGGAGCAGGGAGCGAGGUCUGGAUGAAGUUCAGGACGAGCCCAUCCCCAGUAGCCGCAGCAGGGCCUGGGACAGUGGUGGGGAGGAUGCCCCUAGCCCUGGGGAUGAUGAAGAGGGGAAAGGGGGGGCCAGGGCCCGCCUGACGCUCCUCUCUGGCCCCAGUGAGCUGUGUGAGGAGGCGGCAAGGAGGAGCCCCAGGAUGGGGAUAGAGCGAGGGGAGAGGGGACACAGGGACCCUGGGGAGGGCCUCAUCACGGGCAAGGAAUGCUCCCAUACUCACCCCGCUCCCAGGGAGCCAGGUCGUAUCGUGCAAGGAGGACCAGGGGGUUGUGGAGCAGGGAAUUACGGGCUGGGCGAGGCCACCCAGGGCAUCACUAAGCUGGACCUGCGGGAGCAGGAGCUGCUGGACAUGGAGGUGGCCCGGAAACUACAGGAGGAAGAGGUGAAGGUGAGAGAACUGGCAAGCAAGAUGGACAAGCGUGUGGCCCAAGUGGCUCAGGAUGAGGAGAUAGCCCGGCUGCUUAUGGAGCGGGAGAAGAUGGAGUACAAGAAGUCCAGAGAGAAGGAGAAGCAGGGGAUGAGGCCCGAAGAGAGGAGGAGGCCAGAGGGAGGAGACUACAAGCCAAGCUCAGAGGAGGUAGUGCAUCCCAGACUACGAGAGGAGGAAUACCAGAAGCCCAGGAACCACCAAAAGCCUGCCAGGCCUUCUCAACCUCCUCCCCAUGACUAUGAGAAUGUGGAGUCCAGCUACUCAGGGAGCCACUAUUCUUCCGGGUCUCCAGCGCGACCUGAGGCGUCUUACAAAGGUGUCUAUUACAGACAGUGACCGAGGCUUCCUAAACCAUCCAUCUGACUUUUUAUUGUUUGUUUUUUUCAUUGCUGUAUUUUUAAAACUCCCAUCACUUUCUAUUGGCCAAGAGCCUUGGAACAAUGUACCUAGUCGUUGGCAGUGGGUUGAGGGAGGGUGUUGGUCAAGAGCCUUGGAACAAUGUGCCUAGUCGUUGGCAGUGGGUUGAGGGAGGGUGUUGGUCAAGAGUCUUUAAACUAUGUACCUAGUCGUUGGCAGUGGGUUGAGGGAGGGUGUUGGUCAAGAGCCUUGGAACAAUGUACCUAGUCGUUGGCAGUGGGUUGAGGGAGGGUGAUGGUCAAGAGUCUUGGAACAAUGUACCUAGUCGUUGGCAGUGGGUUGAGGGAGGGUGAUGGUCAAGAGCCUUGGAACAAUGUACCUAGUCGUUGGCAGUGGGUUGAGGGAGGGUGUUGGUCAAGAGCCUUGGAACAAUGUGCCUAGUCGUUGGCAGUGGGUUGAGGGAGGGUGUUGGUCAAGAGUCUUUAAACUAUGUACCUAGUCGUUGGCAGUGGGUUGAGGGAGGGUGUUGGUCAAGAGCCUUGGAACAAUGUACCUAGUCGUUGGCAGUGGGUUGAGGGAGGGUGAUGGUCAAGAGUCUUGGAACAAUGUACCUAGUCGUUGGCAGUGGGUUGAGGGAGGGUGUUGGUCAAGAGCCUUGGAACAAUGUGCCUAGUCGUUGGCAGUGGGUUGAGGGAGGGUGUUGGUCAAGAGCCUUGGAACAAUGUACCUAGUCGUUGGCAGUGGGUUUGGGGAGGGUGUUGGUCAAGAGGGGCAGCUGAGAGCUGAAACUCGCACCAUGUCAUUUGUUUUCUAUUUUAAUUGGCGUGACAACAAAGACAACCGAAAGGAGACGCCUAGUGACAUUCUAUCUCCUGCUGGCUCUUAACGGUGGAUGAUGGUGACAUUCUAACUCCUGCUGGCUCUUAACUGUGGAUGAUGGUGACAUUCUAACUCCUGCUGGCUCUUAACUGUGGAUGAUGGUGACAUUCUAUGUCCUGCUGGCUCUUAACUGUGGAUGAUGGUGACAUUCUAACUCCUGCUGGCUCUUAACUGUGGAUGAUGGUGACAUUCCAUCUCCUGCUGGCUCUUAACUGUGGAUGAUGGUGACAUUCUAUCUCCUGCUGGCUCUUAACUAUGGAUGAUGAUGUGGAAGAUGAAGAUUUAAAAAAAUAGUGAAGUGUUCCUGUUUUGCUGUAUUAGUCGUUUGCUGGUGUUUCUGUCCCUCCGUGGAUCAUGCUCGUCAUGGUUGAUCAGGCCUUUGCUGGAUAUAUAACUGUGCAAUCUCUCUCUGUAUCUAUGGCUGUCUAUGGGAUGUGCCUGUCUUUGGAGCCAAAAUGGUGGCCGCGUGGUUCUGUGCACUCCCAGGUUCCAGUUCUCCUGUCCUUGUAUCGUGCUGCACAUCAGGGCUGAACAACAACAUGACCGACCCAGUCCAAAACUCUAUUAUAUCAGGAGAAUGAAUAUUUGUAUUAACAUCUUCCAGUCCGGAAGCGAAUGGUGAUCGUAUGUGGACUUGUUGCUCUCUGCAAGCGCUCUACCUGUGUUCCCAUGUCUUUCUAAGGGGCUGGUGUAUAUAGCUGCUGAGAAUACGGACUUGGAGGUGAAGUGUUAUAGGACACACUGCUAUCAUUGUGUUUUUACGUGCAUACUUACUGAAUGUGUUCUGUUCUCUUUGUGAAACUCUGACACACUCUUCGUUAGUCAACUAGAACACAAGCCACCGCAAACCCCAAUGAGUUGUUUUGUGGAUUAACAAAACUGCUAUUUUAAAUAUUAGCCCUAAUAUAUUUGAUUGGAUGUGCCAUCAGUAUUUGAUUUUGUCUUAUCUGCUUACAAACUGGCAUUGGCAAAUGCUUUCAGCGCUAAUCGAAGUGGACCAGUAGGAAUUGAAUGCAUGUACAUUUCAGAUCUGUGCCAAACAUAACAUUGUGCUUGUUUUGUCAGAGCUGUAUUCACUAGGAACGGGACAAAACGGGGAGGGACCUGAAUUUGUCCAAUAGAAACUUGUUUUUUUUGCAAAACAUUUUCCAUUGCGGUAUGUUUUGCUACAGUGUACAAAAAUGAAUACUCCCCAGGAUGUGUUUUUCCUAACCGACAGUGUCCAUUGAUUGAAUGGUUGACUCGUUGGUCGCCUGUUAAAGUGCAAGUCACGUCUGAAUUACUGUUUCUGCAUUUUAUUUACUUUUAUAUCAUUUUAUUUAAUCUUAUUUGGCAUCACUCUUAAAGGGCAUUUCUUGUUUCCUGUACAUUCCAUUCCUCAUGAAAUGCCUUCACUCGCCCUGUCUCACACACACACCACUCUCUAAGAGGGUUAUCACUUCCUGUGCGUGUAACAUGAGUAAACAUUCCCAGGGUUAACAAAGUGGAGGGAAGUAUCAGUCAUCCACUGAAUCAACAGAGCAAGUGAGAACAUGAUGUAAUUCCACUCAAUGGGACCUUUAGACUCAGACAGAUGGGUGAUGGGGGUCAACUUCUCCCUCCAGCUGGGUGAUGGGGGUCAACUUCUCCCUCCAGCUGGGUGAUGGGGGUCAACUUCUCCCGCCAGCUGGGUGAUGGGGGUCAACUUCUCCCGCCAGCUGGGUGAUGGGGGUCAACUUCUCCCGCCAGCUGGGUGAUGGGGGUCAACUUCUCCCGCCAGCUGGGUGAUGGGGGUCAACUUCUCCCUCCAGCUUGGUGAUGGGGGGUCAACUUCUCCCUCCAGCUGGGUGAUGGGGGGUCAACUUCUCCCUCCAGCUGGGUGAUGGGGGUCAACUUCUCCCUCCAGCUGGGUGAUGGGGUGUCAACUUCUCCCUCCAGCUGGGUGAUGGGGGGUCAACUUCUCCCUCCAGCUGGGUGAUGGGGGGUCAACUUCUCCCUCCAGCUGGGUGAUGGGGGUCAACUUCUCCCUCCAGCUGGGUGAUGGGGGUCAACUUCUCCCUCCAGCUGGGUGAUGGGGGGUCAACUUCUCACUCCAGCUGGGUGAUGGGGGGUCGACUUCUCCCUCCAGCUGGGUGAUGGGGGUCAACUGCUCCCUCCAGCUGGGUGAUGGGGGUCAACUGCUCCCUCCAGCUGGGUGAUGGGGGUCAACUUCUCCCUCCAGCUGGGUGAUGGGGGGUCAACUUCUCCCUCCAGCUGGGUGAUGGGGGGUCAACUUCUCCCUCCAGCUGGGUGAUGGGGGGUCAACUUCUCCCUCCAGCUGGGUGAUGGGGGGUCAACUUCUCCCUCCAGCUGGGUGAUGGGGGUCAACUGCUCCAUGGCCAGUUUUGUCUUUGUUGUUUUCCUUAUUGAAUGAGGGUGGUAAUAGUGGCGAUAGAUUAAACACUUUUUGAUUACCAGACUUCAUACUUUAAUAGGAUCCACGCUAUAUCAAAGGGAUUACAGGAGACUAGGGACUGUUAGAGAGAGAAUACAUCCCAAAAUUGCACCAUAUUCCCUUAUAUAUAUAUAUAGUGCACUACUUUUGACCAGGGCCAAUCGUGCUUUGGUUAAAAGUAGGGAUUAGGGUGCCAUUUGGGACGGAGACAUACUGUACUGCCAAUGGUCAUGGUACCACCAUGUUCAUAUAAUGUAUUAUAGCCUAAUUAUUGUGUAUUACAUAUAAAGAGUAAUCCCACACAGUUUCCAGUUUGAUCUAAUGACAUGUUAUGAUUCCGUCGUAUUUACAUUUUUCCAUUGAGUGAUGUUCAUCCUGGUCUAUGAUGGUGUUUUUGUUGUUGAUAUGCUUUGUCCAAGUUGGUAGCGUCUGCCUCAAGACUUUUUCUUUUUUUGAGACUUCUGUGCGUAUCAAAGACAUUCUAGAUGUGUGAAAUGUUCUGACUUGUUGGAUGGAUGGGAUUUGUGCCAUAGGGAUGUUUUUUGUUUUUUCAGGGACUUUUAGAUAACGGGGAAUCUCAGCUCCUUCUAGGGUAAUGACGGUGAGGAGUAUUGGUGUAGAACCGCCCAGAACUGAGAUCUGUCUUUUUGUGGGAUAAUAGCACCAUCUUGUGGACAUAUUGAAUAUCAAAUUAAAACAUGUACAUUAUCUGAUCACACAGUCAGUGCAUAUUGGUGAUUGCUGUGUAAUGAUUGUCCUAUAUGCUUCGAGUGCAAUCUGAACCGAAAUCAAGUGUAAUAUUUUUGUUUUGCCAUCCAGAGCCUGAAUGCAAUCUACAAAUGAAAUCACAAAAGUGACUGUUGACACUUACUGUGACUGUUUUGUAUCAUGAACUGAAUAAACAGUUGACAU